AUGUUAAAAUAAGAACCACCACAGGCACCACGGCUGGCCCCAGCAGCAUGGCCUCAGCUAGUGAGGGCACAACCAUCAUCACUACCACCACUAGCACUGUCUCCACUUCACCUGAAAUAACAUUAAUAACCACUUCUGGCCCCUCAGCUGUGUUCACUACCACUCUUCCUCAGUCUGGAAGUACUCCAGCAGCUUUAACUGGUACAUCACAAUCAAGUCAUGUUACAACAAGCACUCCUGCAACUGUCAGUUCUUCCACCAGCACAUCUGUUACAUCCAGCAAAAUACCUCCAUGCUUUUGUCAUGUGUUUGAAACUUUAUUUUCUCCUGGGGAAGUGGUAUACAACAGAACAGAUAGAGCUGGCUGUAAUUUUUAUGCACUUUGCAGCAAAGAAUGUGAGAUUGAGCCCUUCUAUGGGCCAUGUCCUGUGACAACUCCUGCUCCUUCAGUCGCCCCCUCAACUACAUCACAAGCUGCCUCACCAACCACAGCAACAACCACCACAACUUCAGUGGAAAGAAACUGCACUGAUGUCUAUCCUGCACGAAAGCCUGGAGAGGAGUGGAUAGAUGAAUGCCAGAAGUGUGUCUGUGACUCCCUCACUGCUACUGUGCAAUGCCAGCCACUCCCAUGCCAAACAGCUCAGCAAACAAUUUGUGACCUAGGAUUUGUUCCCAUGGCUGUACUACCACAAAAAGACCCAUGUUGUCCUGCAUUUGAAUGCCAACCAAUACCUGAUGUCUGUGUGAUUAAUGGAACAUUGUACACGGUUGGAAAGUCAGUAGUAAUUGAUUCAUGUAAGAAGUGCACCUGCAGUUCUGAGAAGGAUCCAGAGACUAAUGCAAACAUUAUGCAUUGUGAAACAGUUCAGUGUGAGACAUCGUGCCCGCUGGUGAGUUCAGGUUCUCUAGGCUGCCCAGUCAGCUACAGCAAGACUAGAAUUCUCCAUCCCCAAUUCAACAUACUUUCUCCUUCAUGUCUUUCUGGGCAGGGUUACCAGUACAUGACUGAGGAAGGAGAGUGCUGUGGGAAGUGUAUUGAAGUAGCUUGCAAAGUCAAACUCAGAAACAACACUGUUCAUGUGCUCAAUGUUAACGAGAUCCUGCCACUUGAUCAGUGCAGCCACUACAAAUGUGAAAAAAUUGAAGAUCAGUUUGUUGCAGUCCAAACUAAAAGAGUAUGCCCUGAGUACGACCCUGCAGAGUGUGAUCCUGAUGAAACAGAGAUUACAUCUGAUGGCUGCUGCAAAAUAUGUAAACCUAAAACGUGCAAGCCUUACACCAAGGAAACUGUGAUCAGCCAUGCUGACUGUGAGUCUUCUGAACCUGUUCAGCUGUCAUAUUGUGAAGGAAGUUGUCCUGGCUCCUCAAUGUACUCUCUUGAAGCAAACCAGAUGGAACACAACUGUGGUUGCUGCCAGGAACUCAGCACCCAAACAAGAGAGGUGACCCUGACUUGCCAAAAUGGAACCAGCAUAAAUUAUACCUAUCUCUACGUGGAAAACUGCCAGUGUGUGAACGCUUGCUCUUCAGAAACCACUGCAGCACCUGACUCCCAGUUCCAACAAUCUAGAAAAUAUGGCUCCCAACUGCAACAGGCUGUGUCACUUGGUUCCGAAUGGCAACUCAGCUGAGGAUAUGAUCACUAGAAAAAGAAAGCAGAGACCGUAGAGAAGCUGGAAUCAGGUCUUCCCAAAAAUAACUUGUGCUCCUUCUUUAACAUUCUUUUUUCAUGUCUUACUUGUAAAAAUAAUUAAAAAAAAAGUCAAUUAAAUUGCAGUGUUUGGGUUUUUUUUUAAUGUUACGGUAUUGAAGAGUAAAAACAGAUGAAUGCAAAAUACCUCAUGUAACUUACAGAAAUAUGCAAGCACAUGCUUCAUCACAAAACCUGUAUUUGAGGCAGAAAAGAAUUAAGGAGUCUAAAAAAUAAAGCAAGAAAACAUUGCAUCUACAUUGCCCUUCUUGAUCCUAGUGAAAGCAUUAUUGUAUAUCCUUUUUAUAGACAUAAUAGUCCUAACACAUCUCAAAAACAGGGACAAAGCUGUUUUAUUUGAUCAAUAAAACUUUCAGUACUUUUCAGUUCUGGUGACUGUUCAAUACCCAUCUUCAUUACCUAAAUGACACAGAGUCCAAUGAAUGGCAUCAGGAAGUAUUCUGACUUAGAGGGGUACAUUCUAUAGCCCUCUUCCUGAACUAGGUAAAAUUCCCUCAGCCAUGUCCAAAUAGCUCUUCCCACUGGCAUAAAAGGCAUAAAGAUAAAAAAAAACCUCCUUAUUUGCUCAUUUCCAAGUCCUUUAGUUUGUUCCUCAUGCUGCAUGUACUGCAUGUAUUUCAAACGUGCUCCAGCAUACUCAUACAUCACGGAGCACUGUGAAGGAUCUUGCUACCCCUCCAUUGGUCCAACACUGCUGUGUAGCCACCAGGUUUAUGUCCAGCAAGCCUGGGUUUAGCCCUUUUUCCCCUUCAAUCCACUUUAAUGCUCUUUCAGCAAGCACUGUACCCUCGCAAAGAUCCUUCUCUCUGUCUGAGACAGGUGCACCCAGCUAUUGCCACCAAAUAUCGAUCUGCUGGUUCUUGUUUCCUCCCUCACCAUUCCCUGCAACUGGAAGGAUAAAGGAGAACACUACUCAUGCUCCUGAUCCCAUAGUAACCAGGUGUCCCAAGGCCCUGAAACCUCUUCUGAUUGUCCUUGGCCUUCUCCUUGGCCUUCAUAUUGCAAAUUUCAUAACCGCCUACAUGAGAAAGCAAUAAUGGGUAAUAAUUCAAGGGCUGUAUCAGAGCUGAAAGUUUCCUCAUGUCAUCUGUAACCCAGGUCCCAGGAUAGCAGAUGACUUCCCUGUGAAGUGGGGCUUGCCAGGAAAUUGGACCUUCUGUUCCCCUCACUGGAACUACGCCAACACCUUAUCUUUCUUUCUUUCUGGAAGCAGUUUCAACACAGUGCACAGGGAAACUUCACCUUAGUAAGUCUUCCUAUAGAGGUGAACCAUCGUCCUCAUCUUUUGGUUUCCACUUGCAGAGCCUUGUACCUAUUAAACAAGGGCACCUGGGAAGGUGGGGUAGUCACAGAGGAGUGUCCUAGCCAUACCAGGCUGGAAUUUGUAACCAUUACCCCCAGUACAUACUCUUUUAUAACUACUUAAAGAAUAAUUUUACAAAUAGCUUUAAGCAUUUUAAAUCAACUUGAUACUCCACAUUAAACUGAUGACUAUUACAGAGGUAACAAAUUUAAACCAGAAAAACAUUGUCCUGUGAGUGCUAAGUUCCUGGUAAUCCACAGAGAAACAUGGACCCCACAGACAUGGAAAGUGUAAUUCACUGGAGUUAUUUUAUAAUUGGAGAUAAUUUUAAAAUAAAUUGAAUCAUCCUUCAUUCUCUUUCAAUGGUAAAUACAUUAAACUUAUAAAAAUGGUCUAUUUUUCAUACACUGAGAUGUUUUAAAAACAUGUUCUAACUCUUCGAAUACUUCAAACAGUAGUACUUUUAUAAUUCUCUCAUCCAUGAAAAUACAUAUGUAGCUCAGAUAAUUUUCAAUCUACUUGCUUCCAUAAAUUCACUUUUCCAGUCUAUAUGCAAAUUCUCCUUCAAAAGUUAUAGUAUAACCCAAGUAUAUCUUACAAAAUUAAUUAUGCUUUUUGGCAAGACAGUAAAGAAAAUACUUCUAAAAUAUACUGCUGCAUAAAAAUUUAUUAACUCGGUUUUCUGACUAAGCUUCCUUAGGAUCUAGAAGAGAAAGCUCAAGUCUUCAGUAGGCUACAACUAAAAACUGCAAAGAAGAUUGCUAAUAUGGGUUUUCAUUUUUCCUUCUUAUUCUAAGAAAACACAUAUAUACAUUUCUCCUAGAGACCUUGCUCACACUGAUGUUCUGAAAUGUUUUAAUAUUCAAAAUAUACUGAUUUCUCUUUAUACCCCCACUCAUCAUCAAUGAUUAACACUGAAAUGAAAAAGCUAAUAAAAAUACAACAUGCUAAAUAGAUGCUUCAGCAGCACAAGAACACCAGCAUCUAUUUAUACUAAUUUUCACUCUUCCUAUCUCUCACAGCAAAAUGGAGAAAUGUGAAAGCAAACUGUAACCUUUGAAGAUAAAUUGGGAUAGAAACUGAUACUCAAGGGCUAGAAAAAAGCACAAUUUUAACACAGUUUUAUUUCACAGCAGGUACUCAAUACUUUAAGGAAAUAAAUAAAAGAAAAACCAGCUGUGAAAGAUUCCUCUCAACUAUCAUUUGUUAGAAAAACCAAAACUCUUGAUUAGGAGACAAAGCACACUGUGACUGGACAGUAAAUCCCAAAAUGUUAGCUUGAUAACAGUAAUAUUCAGACUGGUUAAUAAUCACAAUCAUCACUGCACAUGGUGAUGCUGUUAAGUCAGAGAGGGCCCCAGAUACCUUUACCAUCACAGUACUAGGAAGAGAUGCUAUGCAAACCAAAUAUUUCAAAAUCAUUUAUCAUACAUUAGCAGAUAAAGCCAGCUCUUUUUGUAGCUGGAACAGCACACAUGAUCAAUUUCAUAACUCUUCACUUGGACACCACUCCCAUCCAGAGUCCUCAAUCCUUCACACUGCAGCAUUCCCUCCACACCCACAUGCCAUUGUUCCCUCCUCCCCUGCUCUCCAAUGCUGUCCUUCAAACAACAGUAGUUGCAGCAUCAGUACUGCCUUCUGUCCUCCAGACCUGCAACACCAGCAUAUUUCCUUGAGAAAGCAGCCCCUAGAAGAGUUAGAAAGAGGCACCUACCUGUAGAGGAAUUCUCAAAGUGCUUUUGAGCAUUUACAGUUACUGUUCCCAUCAGAUGGUCCCAUUAAGAAGCAGUGUAGUUUGCCAACCAAUGUUCGACAGUGAAUAGAAGACAGUAACCAAUACUUGAAUUUUAGAUCAGUCAAAGACUCACACUGUGGUGCUCUCCAAUAGAGACAUAAUACACUUUCAUUCAGAUGGUACAUUUAUUAAAUUAGAAUGAAAAAGUUAAUGUACUUUAGAGUGCAAGAAACAUAUUUGGACACUGGACCUCAGUACAGAGAAACAAUGUCUUCAGAAUAAUUACAGCAACACAACAUCCUCUGUAGGGUAUUACAUAUCAACCAAACAGGCAAUAACGUUUAUAAGGGGGGAAUAAACCCAUUCAGUACCAUCAGCAGAUGCAAAGAGCAGUAGAGAAGUUGCAAGGAUCUAGCUAGACAAAAAAAUGUUCCUACCUUUAGCAAGUUGAGGCUCUUGGCAGGACUCAAACUAUACUGAGAGCACUAACUUUUAGCAGAUGCCUGUCUUACACAGCUGGCUUUAGCUCCAAGCUGCUGAAGCUGUUGAGCAGAGGAGCAGCAUCAAACACAGUAUUACCCCAUUAGCAUUUUCUCAAAAGCUACAAUCAUGACUGACAAUUUGUUUGUUUUAAAUAGAAAACCAGACUUUCAGUUCCAAUACCUUAAUUUUACAGACCCUAAAGUAAACACUUCCUGUCUUUUUUUAUCUCUCUCUGACUCAAACCUAACAACAAACAGCUCAACUGGAAGGAUAUGUAUGCUGAAAAGCUGAGUAGGUGAUCACUUUGUUCUUUUUAACAAGAGAAAGUAGCACAUAUUGAUGUAAGAGUUUAAUCUCUAAUGCUUAAUUAAAUAAAGACAAAAAAAUCCACAGAACAAUAUUUAAGUAUAGUGUACGAUAAUGAAAUCCAUCUACUGGCCAUACUGCUCCUACAUAUCCUAUUUUCAACUCAUAUUUGUACCCUGUUUUGAAUAACAUUUGCCUAGGAAAAGAAAUACACACUAAAAAUAUAUCUAAGAACAGGAAUCUCCCUCAGAGGGCCAGAGUCAGUUUAUGAAUAAACCUGGCUAGCUUAACUUUUGCACUUACCCCUCCUGGCAGUUAGGACUGAAAGGUGGUUUUGUUCUGCACUUGAAAUGGAGCUGUAAUAGGAUGCAGUACAAUUUACCAGCCAUUAAGUUGAACCAUGACCACUUGCUUUUAUGAAAAGCUGUGUAUGAAUCCCACCAUUUUAAUAUAAAAAUUUAAAUUAUGUACAUUUUCCCUGAAUUGUUCCGUCCCUAGCAAUUCAUGCUACCUAUGUAAAAGUUAGAGCACAGGACUCUUCCUGGAGGUAUCUAAGCAUUAAAUCCUCACCAACAUUCAUCCUUUUGGGUCAUCAUGUCACAAAACACUCUGCUUUUAUAAAGACCAAAUGCCUCUACACCUGAUCAAUCACAAAAUUUACCAUGACUGUAGGGAAGGGGCAAGACUAGUUUAUUGAAGAAUACCCAUUUAACUUUAGAAAACAAAAGUAAGGCAAUUCUACAACUACAGCACACAGAACUAUAGCCUUGAAUUU